UCCCAAUUUACUGCAUCGCCGGUUCUCAGGCUCAGGCUCUCAGUCAGUUCUCUUUUCACUUGGCUGCUGAGCGUGCGUCGGGUAGGUACGCAGGCUGUCCCCGUACUAAAACAACGCGCUAGCGGGCGGUGACAUUCACGGCCUACUCGAACUAAUCUUAUCAUGCACCCAGUUCAACCACCGCUGAUCCUGACGGGACGCUCGUGAAUUUUCUGCGGGGACGGUAGUGAGACGUCGGUUUUUCCGGGCUUAAGAUGCCCUGCGACUAUUUUUUGUUCACUUACGGCUAGUGCAGGGAAUCAUAGAAAAUGUGCCUUUGUUUCAGUGAUAGUUGGUGUUCGCCCGGGGUCAAAUUAUUUUGUCGCGCCGUUUUUGUGUUGUGCGUUGUCGUAUCGACGACUUCCGCGCCCGUUAGGAUUAAAAGGGAAUACAUCGACGAUCAUGUGCAAAAUUACCUGAUGCGGUUCGGGUACUUACCGAAAGCGAGAGAUGGCGCUUUCGCCCUAAGGACCGAGGAAUCUGUUCGAACUAGUUUGAGUGAACUCCAACAAUUCGCCGGCAUUCCCGUUACCGGGCGUUUAGAUGACGCCACUGUGAAGUUGUUACGGACGCCGCGGUGCGGACUUCCGGAUAAAAUUAUUCAGACUUCCGGAAGACGGAAACGAUUCACCUUGCAGGGAGAGAAGUGGCCUUACCUCGAUUUAACAUGGAGUUUGAGGACCAAGAGAUUGAACGGGCUGAACAGGGACGAAGUUCGACAGAUGAUCGCCAGGGCUUUUGGAGUUUGGUCAAGGCACUCCAAAUUGACUUUCAGGGAGGUUGACGAUGACCGAGCGGACAUACUGAUCUAUUUCUACAGUCGAGACCAUGGAGACAAUUUCGAUUUCGAUGGAAAAGGUGUUGUCUUGGCACAUGCUUUCUUCCCUAAUGGUGGAAAAAAUAUAGAUGUGCAUUUUGAUGCCGACGAAACAUGGACUUUGAGUAGCGAUCCUAAUGAAGAAGGAACGAACUUUUUCAACGUAGCAGCUCAUGAGUUCGGCCACUCUUUGGGAUUGGCCCAUUCUUCCGUUGAUACUGCCCUUAUGUUCCCUUGGUACAAGGAGAUAGAAGAUAAUGGUUACGAUUUUGAACUACCCGACGAUGACAGAAACGCUAUACAAACUCUUUAUGGAUCAAGAGAAAAUCGGUUAUGGGGAAGAUUAUAUCCUGAUAGAACCAGAACUACUACAACUACUACAACAACAACAACUACCCCAAGAACAUACCCUACGAGAAGAACUUAUCCUACCAAACCAAUAAGGCGCCCUGAGAGACCUCAACAGAGACCCUACGAUCCUCGCUACCCCAACGGAAUCCACCCCUCAUUGCCUUACGACCCGAAGAAAGGCAACAAGUACCCCUACUACCCACAAAAGCCUUCCAUCCCCAAAAAACCGCAGUAUCCUCCUAAACAGCCCAAAAAGACUCCCUUCAUUCCUCCCCACCCCACAAGAGUGACACCCGUCCAUCGUACUACAACGACAACCACCACCACAAAAGCACCACCACAUCAUCACCACCCAAAGAACGAGCAUCACCACAACCAUCACCGUCCCAAGGAGGCUUCUCCAGCAAUGCCGGUUCCUAAUACCUGCGACACCAGUUACGAUGCAAUAUCUGUCAUAAGGAGAGAAGUUUUUAUAUUCAAAGGAGCAUACUUUUGGAGGAUAGGCGACAAGGGGUUGAUGGAAGGGUAUCCGGCAGAAAUAACGAGGCUGUUCAGGGAGUUGCCACACAAUUUGACUCACGUUGAUGCAGUAUACGAGAGACCGGACAAUAAAAUUGUAUUUUUCAUCGGAAAAAAAUACUAUCUCUUCAGUGGUAACAGGUUGGAGAGAGGCUACCCGAGGCCGUUGACUGAUUUGGGGUUACCAUCUCAGCUGGACAAGAUAGACGGCGCAAUGGUUUGGGGCCACAACGGGCAGACCUACUUUUACAGCGGAAAUAUGUACUGGCGAUUCGAUGAAGAUUCCGCCAAGGUUGAAUUAGAUUACCCAAGGGACAUGUCUAUGUGGAAAGGAAUAGGUUCCGAUAUAGAUGCAGUCUUCCAGUGGAAAGAUGGAAAAACCUAUUUCUUCAAGGGCAAGAAAUUCUGGAAAUUCAACGAUCAAUACAUGAGGGUUGCCCACGAUGAACCCAAGUUAUCAGCGCCAUUUUGGAUGGGCUGCACCAGCAACAUUGAGGGUGCGCUUCCAGUAGGAGGAUCCCCAUCACUUUCUGGUCCCAGAGCUGUGAAAACCGAUUUCUGCUUCUCCAUCGUAUCAUUAGUUAUUCUGCUAAUUUUUCGCAAAUACGCGGAAGUCAAAGUGAAUAUUUGAAAUCAAUUUUUGAUCCGUAGGCCAUCUGAACAAGAAUCUUCGAAGGACUAGUUUGUUCCUUGAAUGAUGAGUACUAGAAAAGAGUAGAAGGAAUAAAGAUAUAAAUAAUUUCUCAAACAUAAAUCAGCGAUUAUUUAUCUCCGAAAUGCUGAUGCGAUUGACGAUACUAGUGUAGUUGGAAAAAUCGAGAAUAUAUUAUCUUUGGUAAAUAUUUUUCUAUAAGCUGGAGUAUAUUUUGUAUUCAUUCGUAUAGGUAUAGGAGGUUUGAUAUGCCUAAGAUCUCGGAAAAUGUUCGUUUUUCCGCUCUCUCAAUUUUAUAUCGGAACUAGGUAAUGGAUAAGAUCCGUUUAUGGAAACUGCCAUUUUGAAUCGUGCUGUUCAAUAGUUAAUUGUACACUUUCAGUGAAAUGAACUGCCAAUGUUCAUCAGUGUCACAGCGAGAAAUGUAUUUUACAGUUUCAACUAGUCAUAUAUUGUUUUUUUCUGUUGACUAGGUGUUGAUGGAGAAUCAUAAAUAAUAAAUAAAAGGGCAUAUGAAGUAUGAUCCUAUGAGGAACAUUUCUUAACUUUCAUGCAAUACAAAAUAGAAAAAAAGUUAAUUCUUCCAUUAUUUCAGCUCUUAUUACAUCUUCCUUUCUAAUAAUAUUGAAAAAGACAUCUGUAUUGACACGUACGCUGAUAGGCUUUUUCAUCCGCAGUUGAUUCCGCCCAACUACUCAAAAGUAAUUACCAUCGAUCCAAUACGAAUUCCAUGAAAUCAGUAAAAUUUUUAUUACUCGAGGUUCAUAUUCAAUUUCAUAAUUUUUUCUGCUUUAUCGUGUUGCUAAAAAUUACGCUCUUGAAGCCGCAAUCAAGACUGAUUUCAUUUUCACAAAAAAAGUGCUCAAUAUAUAAAGCGCACGUAUAUUGCAUAUAAACUCAAUAUGCACCUUAUUCUUAUUUAGACUAUAAGAAAACCGCUUUAAUUUAUGCUUAUGUCCUACUGUGAUAUACAAUUUUAUACCAUUCAAUAUUGUGAAUUGAUAUUUUGUAAUAUUCUCUUAUAUCGAUUAUUCUUUAAGCAGAUAUUGAAUCAAGAAGACCAUUAUUAGAAAUUGAAGGAUAGUGUAUUUUGCAUAAGUUAUUUUCUUAUGUCAUAGACGAUAUACGUUCUUGUAUAAGUGUAACAAUCCAUUGAAUAUAUCCGAUUUAUGUAUAUAGAAUUAGUUACUUUAUAAAUAAAGAGUAAUGAAAUAUUGAAA